UGAAUAGUAUUCAACACUUAAUGAACGCAAACAAUGAUGUCUUCAAUACUAGACUAGAGCUCAAUAACAGAGAGUGUUAUCACAACUUUGUCGACACUUUCAACGACCAGUGUCUGGAAAUAACCAAGCAUACCUACGUUUUGGGCAAAUUAUUCACUUUUGUUAACAUUUGUGAACAAUUGGAUGACUCGAGCGCUACCCAAGCCCUCAACAAAUUGGUCCAAUAUUGCCAACAGAAAUUGCCCAAUGGUUAUCCUAACACUAUUUUAUAAUAUUAUUGUGACAGUUGCCUUGUUUA